CGGUGGCGAGACCGAAUACUUCCUGGAAGUGGGAUGAGAAGUUGGAGAAGGAGUUAAUCAUGGGAGAUUGUGAGCUCCAAAGAGUCUGAGCCCAUAGCAAUGCUCUUCCGGAGAGGAGGGAAAUGAGGAAUGCCACUUUAGCUCGUUCGGUGUUGAAUUUAUGAGAAUGCAUCUCGAUGUACAGAGAAACUUGCAGCAAAAAAACGCUACAUCCUACCGCCUCACCCGAAUAGCUGGGAGGAAGGGCCAUGGGACUGGCAGAGGCAGAUUGGGGUUGAGGAUCCGGAGACAGAGCCGCACGAAGGGCGCUGACCAAUCCUUCGUAUGGAUUCUCCGUGGGGGAAGCGGAGCGCUCCAUCUCCAGAUGGUUUAAAGGGUCUGGUCUUCUGUCAGCAGACAGACAUGGGACACAGAGGUUAGUACUGAGACGAGGGAGUUUAUUGAAACAGCCAGACAGAGAAAAGCAAUGACGGGAGCUAAGCUAGUAAAGUCUAUGGGUCUUAUCUUGAUGACGCGCUGGUAGUAAGAUCCACUGGAGGAGACGGGUGGCAGGAAAGCCGGGAGCUGACGAAACACACAACGGAGAAGUCCAAAGUCCAAAAGGGGUUGUCAAGAGAAGCUGUGGUCGGGUUGAGUUCUCGUAAGAGGUUUGAGACCAGACAGUGAGUGAACCGGGGGAGUGAGACUAUAUAGUGUGGAGUAGAUGAUUAGUGGCAGGUGUGUAAUCAAUAUUCAGGUGAGUGCGAUCUGCUGAUUGCAGUGGGUGGAGCUGGUGGUGUCUGUGUUGGCUCUCUGACAGUCGCAGAGCAACUGCUGCACAUUUCAAACCUGAAUAUAACAAGAAAAAUCUCCACUGGAUAAUUUACUCUGAACCGCUUAAACUCUGGAUUUUCAUCUUUUAUUCCACAUCAUGUUUCUGUUUAAAUAAAUAAUAAUAAAAAUACAUAAAUACAAUGAAUAAAUUAAUAAUCUCUAUUUCAACUAUCAGACAAUAACAAAUAUAUUUAGUAUUUGCUUUUUCCAACAUUGUUUUGAAGCUAUAUGAUGCUUAUACUGACUGAAGAGUUUAAACUGAAGAAGCUUUGAUUUUAUGACUCCACUGUUCCUAAAAGAAAUAUUGUAGAUGUCUUUUGUUCACAUUUCCCCAAUAUUCAUCCUGACAUAUUUGGCAUCUUUGGGAUCUUGAGUCGAAUCUUAAAUCAGUUACUCUGGGUUUUUAUUUCUGUUUGGCUGCACAACAUGAGUUUGUAUCGAUGGAGCCACUGGUGGAGCUGGCAGAGGUUAAGAGGUGAAGUCACUUUGUCUUUAUUGAAGGAGUAGCACGUUGUCAUUAAUAUUAAUGAAAGCUCUUUUUCACUUUUGUAUUUUAUAAUUUUAAACCUGCAGCCUGUUGGGUUCAGGUGUUUGUAUAGAUGGAGCCACUGGUGGAGCUGGCAGAAGUUAAGAGGUGAAGUCACGUCGUCUUUAGUGAAGAGCUCUUUUCACUUUUUGAACGUGUAUCCUGUUGGGUUCAGAUGUUUGGAGUUUCCAUUUUCCAAACUUUUACAUUCUAAACCUUCUUUAGCCCUGAACAGAUUAUUAAACACUGAAUGAUUUCAGGCAGGAACAUCGUCGUCUAAAGUUACAUAAUUUAUUCUUUAAUCAGAUUGAUGGACUGCAGUUUGUCAGAGAUCAGCUGUGCUUCUCUGGCCUCAGCUCUGAAGUCCAACCCCUCCCAUCUGAGAGAGCUGGAGCUGAGUCUCAACAAGCUGCAGGAUUCAGGAGUGAAGCUGCUCUCUGCUGGACUGGAGAGUCCACACUGCAGACUGGAGACUCUGAGAUUGAGGCUCUGCAGUUUGUCAGAGAUCAGCUGUGCUUCUCUGGCCUCAGCUCUGAAGUCCAACCCCUCCCAUCUGAGAGAGCUGCAGCUGAGUCACAACGAGCUACAGGAUUCAGGAGUGGAGCUGCUGUCAGCUGGACUGGAGAGUCCACAAUGUAGACUGGAGACUCUGAGAAUGAGGGGCUGCAGUUUGUCAGAGAUCAGCUGUGCUUCUCUGGCCUCAGCUCUUAAGUCCAACCCCUCCCAUCUGAGAGAGCUGGAGCUGAGUCUCAACAAGCUGCAGGAUUCAGGAGUGAAGCUGCUCUCUGCUGGACUGGAGAGUCCACACUGCAAACUGGAGACUCUGAGAUUGAGGGGCUGCAGUUUGUCAGAGAUCAGCUGUACUUCUCUGGCCUCAGCUCUGAAGUCCAACCCCUCCCAUCUGAGAGAGCUGCAGUUGAGUGAAAACAAGCUGCAGGAUUCAGGAGUGAAGCUGCUGUCUGCUGGACUGGAGAGUCCACGCUGCAGACUGGAGACUCUGAGAUUGAGGGGCUGCAGUUUGUCAGCGAUCAGCUGUGCUUCUCUGGCCUCAGCUCUGAAGUCCAACCCCUCCCAUCUGAGAGAGCUGGACCUGAGUAACAACAAGCUGCAGGAUUCAGGAGUGAAGCUGCUGUCUGAUCUUGUGGAGAGUCCACACUGCAGACUGGAGACUCUGAGGUCAGUAGAGGGCUGGAGUCGGUCCAUGCUGCUUUCAGCAGUAUUGUACUAAACACAGUUAGUAUCAAAGCAAAGAUCCAGUAUUUCCUGUAAACCUCCGACCUUCUCAGUGGCUGCUUUCCUCAGUGAAGCUGUGAGAGGAGGAUGGUGACGGGCUUCAGGAUUGGACAGAGAGACAGAGAGAGAGAGAACAGUCAGCCAAUCAGAUGAGCCAGAAGCUCGUUGUGAUCAUGUGUUUGAGUCGAUGUGAAGACGACUGUUGUUGUUGUGUUCAUGUCUACAGGAAAUAAAGCUGGAUUCCAGCUGGCAGCAUUACAACACGUACAGAGACAGAGUCCUCGUUCAUCAGACUGUCGUAGCAUCAAAUCUGAUCUCAAAGUGUUUGUUCUCUCAUUUCAACACUAAACAAUUGAUCAGUUCAUCUUUGUCACAGCUCUGAGAUCAGUCUGACUGAAGCCUGCAGAUCACUGGCUCUUAUUUCAAAGAACCAUCGUUACAUUUAGUCACCAUGUGGUCUUUCUACAGACCAGAACCUCUGCUGAAGUCCAGUAAUCACAGCUGAUGUUUAGCUGUUCAGUCUUUGAACAUGUAGGACCUUUAACAUCAUAUAUAUAUCUGUCCAUUUGUCUUUUGUUGUGUCCAAAUGUUUUUAUAACAGACUCCAUAUUUAUUUAUUUGUCAUG